GGAAAGCAGCCAAAAGCUGCAUCAACAAAUACAAGGAACCAAUAGAUUGGUCUCUAAUGCAAUGCUUAAUGCCACCUUUCAGAUACUUGCUCUCGAGGGCUAUAAUUAUUCACCGUAUCUUCCCCUUCUCCGUCGUUUCUGCGUUGAUUUCGGUGUUUCUUUUCUUUUUGCUGUUCUGCACCGCUAAUCUCGCAUUGCAGAAGGAAUCGUAGAGAUUUGUAGCAAAGAUCUCAUCUUUUUCUAUUUUUGGAGGUGCGUACAGCGCUGUCGGAUCUCCGGGGCCACCCAAUUUUGCUUCGCCUGGUGGUCUGGGGUGAUCUCUUUCAUUCUCAUAUCCGCAGGGCUCCCUUGCCCUCCCCAAUUCAUCCCCCAUUUUUCUCGAUCCCAGGCCGUCCCGGGUCACCGGAGGCCCGGUCGAUGCGUUAGCCGCCAGCAGCAACAAUGGGCUGCGCCGCAUCGAAUGAGGCCGUCUCGGUGACACCGGCCGUCGACUCCGCCGGCAUCCUAAGGGACCAACGGGCGUCUUCGCGGAAGCACCGGAGCGGACGGAGUUCCAGGCGGGGAUAUUGCGGGAGCAAGGAGGAGGAGGACCGCAUUGAAUUGGAGGAACAUGGGAAGGCAAGCGAGGACUGUGCCAGGUUGCAGAAGUUUCGGUUAGGCAAUCUUCACAGUUACAUCGAAGGCGAGCAGGUCGCUGCCGGAUGGCCCUCUUGGCUCAGUGCCGUCGCUGGGGAAGCUAUUCAAGGUUGGGUGCCUCUUAAAGCCGACUCCUUUGAGAAAUUGGAGAAGAUUGGACAAGGUACCUAUAGCACUGUAUUUAGAGCACGUGAUCUCGACACAGGGAAGAUUGUCGCAUUGAAGAAGGUGCGCUUUGACAAUUCUGAUCCGGAGAGUAUCAGGUUUAUGGCAAGAGAAAUAAAGAUACUGCGCAUGCUUGACCAUCCAAAUAUCAUGAAGUUGGAAGGGUUGAUAACCUCUCGGUUAUCGUGCAGUCUAUACCUUGUAUUUGAGUAUAUGGAACAUGAUCUUGCAGGACUUUCUUCCUGUCCUGACAUCAACUUUAGUGAAUCACAGGUCAAGUGCUACAUGCGACAGUUGCUAUCUGGACUCGAACAUUGCCACUUACAUAAUAUCAUUCAUCGUGACAUAAAGGGAGCAAAUCUUCUAGUCAAUAAUGAGGGGGUCCUGAAAAUGGCUGAUUUUGGUCUUGCAAAUUUUUACAGUCCUGGGCACAAGCAACCACUAACUAGCCGUGUUGUGACUCUAUGGUACCGGCCGCCUGAACUUCUGUUGGGUUCAACUGACUACGAAGCAACUGUAGAUUUGUGGAGUGUUGGUUGUGUAUUUGCAGAAAUGUUUGUUGGAAGGCCUAUCUUGCAAGGAAGAACUGAGGUUGAACAAUUACAUAAAAUCUUCAGGCUUUGUGGUUCCCCUCCGGAUGAGUACUGGAAGAAGUCCAAGUUGCCCCAUGCUACAAUCUUCAAACCUCAUAAUCGCUAUAAGAGUAGUUUCCAGGAGUCAUUCAAAAAUUUACCAGCAAGUACCUUUAGCUUGUUAGAAAAAUUUCUGUCUAUUGAGCCUUAUAAGCGUGGUACUACCUCAAGUGCUCUUGCAUCUGAAUAUUUCAGAACGAAACCUUAUGCCUGUGAAUCCUCAGAUUUGCCAAAAUACCCACCCACCAAAGAGAUUGACACAAAGAAUUAUGAUGAGCUGCACAGGAGAAAAGUUGCCGGUAGAGGGCAUGGAUCAGAAGCCAUAGUGAGACCAUUGAGAUCAAAUAAAGCUUCACAGGAACCAGGAGGGCUCAGUAAAAUAGCAGAUAGCAAAGAGGAGUCUUGGAUCAAUGUUACUGGAAUUGAUAGAAAUAAUGUAAAGAAAGAUCAUCUGAGAGUAGAUGGUGAAACUAGACUAUUUGUAGAUCUCCAGCCGAUUCCAUCAAUCACCCAUCCAGAUGAUGGACAUAACAUUAAGUGCAACUCCCAAGAAGAUCAUGCAGAUGGUAGAUCUUGUGGUACAAGUAACUCAAAAACUCGUCUCUCUUUUGCAAGAGAUCCAUCCAGUAUUGAAAAUGUUAAAAAUAAGCUUUACUUUGAGGGACAAGUAAAUGGGAGUACACACAACGUGCAUGCUGGUUCCAAAGGCCAUGGAUCAAUUGAGUUGGCCAAGCAUGCAAUUGUGAAAAAUUGGACACGUUUAGAACAUCCACAAUCAUUCGACUCUUCUGAUAUAUACUACUCUCAGGAGUUAUCAAAAGACCUUUACAAGGGUUUCCAUGAUCAAGACAGAGUUGAGUUCUCAGGGCCUUUGCUAUCUCAAACCCACAAGGUUGAUGAACUUCUGCAGAAGCAUGAGCGUCAUAUUCGCCAAGCAGUUAGGAGAUCAUGGAUCCAACGAGUGACAGGGAGAAAUCAGGGAAAAUAGAAUUUCAGGGCUGCUUUUUUAUAUUAGAGUAGAAGCCUAUGAAAUCAAAACAAACACCCUGGAUUGCGAAAAUUAUCUGACCAACAUCUUUCCACACAUGAAAGGAACUACGUCAAGUUGAUCCCAGCAAUUAUAUGCUAUAUGAUGGAUAAGUGCCACAGCAAUCUCCAUGCAAGCAGCUAGUGAGAAGAGACUAGCGUCUCAUAAAAAUGUCGUUACUACCAAUCUACACUACCUGCUUGUAAGUAAACUGAUUCAAUAUCUGAUUCAGCUGACUGGUUUGCUGGUAUCGCUGAAGCUCUACUGGUUGAGAGGUGAUGAAAGAGAUCAAAUUUCUUGGAUGUUUAGUCUGGUUAUGGAGGCCAAGUUUCUUUAUAGAUCAAUGUA